AUGGCGGAUUCCGACAACGAUUCCGGCGGUCACAGCAACAGCAACACCAGCAGCCGGGAGCAGGACAGGUUCCUUCCGAUCGCCAACGUCAGCCGGAUCAUGAAAAAAGCCCUGCCCGCCAACGCCAAGAUCUCCAAGGACGCCAAAGAGACCGUCCAGGAGUGUGUCUCCGAGUUCAUCAGCUUCGUCACCGGCGAGGCCUCCGACAAGUGCCAGAGGGAGAAGAGGAAGACGAUCAACGGCGACGACUUGCUGUGGGCCAUGACCACCCUAGGGUUCGAAGAGUACGUCGAGCCCCUCAAGGUUUAUCUGGCCAAGUAUAGGGAGAUGGAAGGGGAGAAAAGCUCUGUGAUAGGGAGCAAGGAUGGCGGCGCCGGCGGCUUGGCUGUGAAUUCCGGCGGGUUCAACGGCGGGGGUAUUUAUGGUGGGGCUGUGAUGGGUUAUCAUCACGGCGGGCAGAUGUACGCUGGUUCUGGUGGGUUUCAGCAUAUUGGCGGCGGUGGUGGUGUGGUGGGGAAAGGGAAUUUGGGAAAUUCCGGCAGCUAUGGCGGAGCCACCGGGAGGCCGAGAUAA